AUGCUACCUCCUGGAUCUGGGCCUGGUAUCGCCCCGUCUUCAUCGGCAGGGCAUGUUCCUGUUCCUCUCGCGUCUCCAUCGGGGUUAGGAACUGCGCAGAUUCCUGGAACGGGUACGGGUUUGGGUGGGGCACAGGAUCAAGACCGAUCGAUGGCUGAAGCAGAUAUGGAGCUCAUAAGGACCAAGAGAGCGCUGACGACUAUGGCUGCUGCUGCUGCGUUGGGUGGGAAUGGGGGUGGAGGGACUGGAGGGAAGAAUAAGUAUCGGAAGCGGAGUCGCGCGACACCUCCUGGAAAAUGCCAUUCCUGCAAUAUUCGGGAGACGCCAGAGUGGAGACGUGGACCGGAUGGUGCAAGGACGUUGUGUAAUGCUUGUGGGUUGCACUACGCGAAGCUCGUGCGUAAGCGCGAGAAAGCCCUUGCAAAUGGCGAGACGCCAUCAAUCCAGCGCAUCGAUAUGGAGAUGCUACGUGCAAGUGCGCGAGCUGCUGAU